GUAAACCUGAUCGGGCAAUUGAAGAAGAAAAAGGAGGACGAUGUUCUUCUUCUUCGCUGGAGGAGUAGAGAAUCAAGUGAAGCAGGUUCUGAAGAGCGGGGUGGGGAGAUGCAUAGCCUGCGGAUCCAGGGCGGAUCUGGUCGACUACGAGAAGGUCUUCAAAGUCUUCUUCGUCCCCGUUUGGAGAAGGCCCGGCGACCGAUCGUCCCUUUAUUGCAACAAGUGCAAGCUUUUCUUCCCCCAGUCUCUAUCCCCUUCCCAAUUUCCGCCGCCGCGCUCCCCGGAUGGUCUGAGCUGUGGCUUCUGCGGCCGGGAGGUUGAGGCUGAUUUCCGGUUCUGCCCCUAUUGCGGUGCCGCAAUUUGAACCUACUCUCUGUUUAUAGUAACGUCUUCCCGUUCUCGUUUGAAAGAAGCAAAUGAAAUAAAUUUGCGACUUGUCAAUGUAUUGUACUGCUAUAUUGACAUGGCCAUAGUUGUACACUUUCACUGAUGCAAUCAUUCAAACACUUAGCUGCUAAAUACGAGAUGUACAGAAAACAGGUUUUGAUCUCUACAUAGAAGAAGGGAGCAUUAGAGCAUCCAUAUCAACUAAUUGUCUAAUCAAUACUUCCUUUGUCUCCAUUUAAAGUUUCAUAUUAAUUUAUUAAGUUGAGUUUUUCUUUUAUGAUUUUA